AUGAAGCUCCCCAUUUCCACCAGUUUGGUGGUCAUCACAGCAGCCCUUACAACCCCAGCCGCCGCAGCCCACGGAUGCAACAAAAACACCGUGUCAGGCCCCGUCGUCCGGUAUCAAGUCCGCUCAUCCGAUAAAGUACCCGAUAUCCCCGGAAUCUGCGGAGGUCUGUGGGACAACAUGAAGCGCUUUGGCGAAUGUGCUUCCGCGUCUAAUACCUGGUGCGGCGAUGUCGAUGAUGGGUACCUGGGUUGGGACUUUACUUCUUUUGUUGGCUGCAGUGAUGGCAUGGUUUCGUCUACUUGGUACGAGGCGACGGAGAACCAGUGGGGGCAUAUUGAUUGUUCGACUUGA